GUCGCGCAUGCGCGCUGUCACUACAGAACAGCAGCAUGGAGGAUCCAGAGCUAUUGGGUUUUGAACACAUGGGCCUAGACCCCCGGCUCCUACAGGCCGUUACCGACCUGGGCUGGUCGCGACCCACGCUGAUCCAGGAAAAAGCCAUUCCUUUGGCCCUUGAGGGGAAGGACCUCCUGGCUCGGGCCCGCACGGGGUCAGGGAAGACCGCUGCUUAUGCCAUUCCGAUGCUGCAGCUGCUGCUCCACAGGAAGGCGAUAGGCCCUGCGGUCGAGCAGGCUGUGAGAGGCCUUGUCCUUGUGCCGACCAAGGACCUGGCUCGGCAGGCCCAGUCCAUGAUUCAGCAGCUGGCUGCCUAUUGUGCUCGAGAUAUCCGGGUGGCCAACGUCUCAGCGGCUGAAGACUCAGCUUCUCAGAGAGCUGUGCUGAUGGAGAAGCCUGAUAUAGUGGUGGGGACCCCAUCUCGGAUAUUAAACCACUUGCAGCAAGACAACUUAAAACUGCGCGACUCCCUGGAGCUGCUGGUGGUGGAUGAGGCUGAUCUCCUUUUCUCCUUUGGCUUUGAGGAAGAGCUCAAGAGUCUUCUCUGCCACUUGCCCCGGAUUUACCAGGCUUUUCUGAUGUCCGCCACGUUUAACGAGGAUGUACAGGCACUCAAGGAGCUGGUGCUGCAUAACCCGGUUACCCUCAAGUUACAGGAGUCCCAGCUGCCAGGGCCAGACCAGCUGCAGCAGUUUCAGGUGGUCUGUGAGACCGAGGAAGACAAAUUUCUGCUGCUGUACGCCCUGCUCAAGCUGUCUUUGAUUCGGGGAAAGUCUCUGCUCUUCGUCAACACUCUGGAGCGGAGCUACCGGCUGCGCCUCUUCCUGGAGCAGUUCAGCAUCCCCGCCUGCGUGCUCAACGGAGAGCUCCCACUGCGCUCGAGGUGCCACAUCAUCUCCCAGUUCAACCAAGGCCUCUAUGACUGUGUCAUAGCGACAGAUGCUGAAGUCCUGGGGCCUCCGGUCAAGGGGAAGGGCAAGCAGCGGGGCAAAGGACCCAAGGGAGAGAGGGCUUCUGAUCCGGAAGCAGGCGUGGCCCGUGGCAUAGACUUCCACCACGUGUGUGCUGUGCUCAACUUUGAUCUCCCCCCGACCCCCGAGGCCUACAUACACCGCGCCGGCAGGACGGCACGUGCCAACAACCCAGGCAUAGUCUUGACCUUCGUGCUGCCCACAGAGCAGUCCCACCUGGGCAAGAUCGAGGAGCUUCUCAGCGGAGAGAACGGGGCGCCCGCCCUGCUUCCCUACCAGUUCCGCAUGGAGGAGAUCGAGGGCUUCCGCUACCGCUGCAGGGACGCCAUGCGCUCUGUGACCAAACAAGCCAUCCGCGAGGCGCGGCUGAAGGAGAUCAAGGAGGAGCUGCUGCACUCAGAGAAGCUCAAGACGUACUUUGAGGACAACCCGCGGGACCUCCAGCUGCUGCGGCACGACCUGCCCCUGCACCCGGCCGUGGUGAAGCCUCACCUGGGCAACGUCCCCGACUACCUGGUUCCUCCUGCUCUUCGCGGCCUCGUCCGCCCACACAAGAAGCGGAAGAAGCCCCUGUCCGCUAAGAAGGCCAAGAAGGUGAAGACCCAGAACCCACUGCGCAGCUUCAAGCACCGAGGAGAGAAACGCAGAGCCGAGCCCUCCUGAGGUGGUCGGGCGGCCUCAGCUACCAUCUCGGGCCUCUCCCGGGGCGGAGGACAGGGUGGAGCAGGUUCCCGAGCCUGGAGGGCGCUUGACUCCCAGCCUGGGCGGACUGCAUUCGGGGCAGGCAGAACUGUGGCCUCCCACAUCCCGGCCCGAUGGCGCCUUGCCUUUAACAGAAUAAAGGUUCUAGCUGCCCUG